GACGCCGCCACCCCAGAACCUCCUGCGCAGCCCAACCAUGGUCAACCCUACCGUGUUCUUUGACAUCGCCGUCGACGGCGAGCCCUUGGGCUGCGUCUCCUUCGAGCUGUUUGCAGACAAAGUUCCAAAGACAGCAGAAAACUUUCGUGCUCUGAGCACUGGGGAGAAAGGCUUUGGUUAUAAAGGUUCCUGCUUUCACAGAAUAAUUCCGGGAUUUAUGUGCCAGGGUGGUGACUUCACACGCCAUAAUGGCACUGGUGGCAAGUCCAUCUAUGGGGAGAAAUUUGAUGAUGAGAAUUUCCUCCUGAAGCACACGGGUCCUGGCAUCUUGUCCAUGGCAAAUGCUGGCCCCAACACAAACGGUUCCCAGUUUUUCAUCUGCACUGCCAAGACUGAGUGGUUGGAUGGCAAGCAUGUGGUCUUUGGCAAGGUGAAAGAGGGCAUGAAUAAUGUGGAAGCCAUGGAGCGCUUUGGGUCCAGGAAUGGCAAGACCAGCAAGAAGAUCACCAUUGCUGACUGUGGACAAAUCUAAUAAAUUUGACUUGUGUUUUAUCUUAA